AUGGGCCAAGUCAAGCCGAUUCAUUACGACGAGGCUACCAUAAGUCAACUGACGAGGGAGCUAGCUAUUGCAUCCUGCAUUGGAGCACUCAAGGGAGCAGCCAUCGGAAUAACUUCCGCCCUUCUCCUGCGCACUUUCUCCCCCGUGUACCGGAAUGUCCGUACCCAAGUUAAGGUAUUCUACCACUGUGCGUGGAUCUCGAUGGGAGUGGUGGUGCAGGCUGACAAACAGGUGAUUUCCUUCCAAGAGCGAUACUACCGCGAUGAGAUGGUGCGCCGCGCACGGAUCUUAGACGAGGCAGCCGACAGGGGGAUCUUUCUUGAGGAAGAUGCGGCUGCCAUCUCUACCACGUCUAACUAA